UACCAGCGACAGACGCUUUCUGUGCGACAUUUGUUUACAGCACAAGAUGGCGUCGGUGGAUUUGAGAGACAACAACCUCCUGGGGAUAUCGUGGGUUGAUAGUGGCUGGGUGCCCAUCCUCAACCCUGGCAAUGUGCUGGACUAUUUCUCCGAGAGGAGUAAUCCGUUCUACGACCGCACCUGUAACAACGAGGUGGUGAAGAUGCAGCGGCUCACUCUGGAACAUCUCAAUCAGAUGGUUGGAGUGGAGUACAUUCUCCUUCAUGCCCAGGAGCCCAUCCUCUACAUCAUCAGGAAACAGCAGAGACAGUCUCCUACUCAGGUCGUCCCUUUGUCUGACUACUACAUUAUAGCUGGUGUGGUGUACCAGGCUCCUGAUCUAGGAACAGUUAUUGGAUCGAGAGUGCUGUCUGCUGUCCACGGUGUCCAGUCUGCCUUCGAUGAGGCCAUGUCGUACUGUCGCUAUCACCCAUCUAAAGGAUACUGGUGGCACUUCAAAGACCAGGAGGAGAGAGAUGCCAAAGCCGAGCCGAAGUCGAAGAAGAAAGAGGAGCCCAGUUCCCUGUUCCAGAGGCAACGUGUUGACACACUUCUACUCGAUUUGAGGUCCAAGUUUCCUCCAACGUUUUAUCAGCCUAAACCUGGUGAGAAGCCCAUCCCAGUGGAGGUGAAGAAGGAGACUGAACCCCCUGUAGAGCUGGUGAAACAGGAAGAGAGAGAGAGAGCCAGCCACCAAGACCUCUGCUCCAGCUCCCCCUAGCAGCAAACCACCUCCGGAGAAACGGCCCAGGCUGCAGUGAUGACCGAUGGCCACUCCUGUAUAUAUUUCUGAUUAUGUCCAUCCUUCAAAGAAAAUAAGAAGAAAAAAAAAACCUCACAUUGCUAUUGCCAGUAUCACCUUUUGUUAAUUCUAGCAAGGCACACUGAAAGGACAUAUGGGACAGGUACAACCCUAUCUGACUGAACAAUGCUAAGGAAGUGGUUUGUGUCUGAUGGAAGGUGUGUGGAAAUGGACCGACAUCCCAGUUUCCAGACCAAACAGACCAUAACAACCCAUCAUCCUGUUUCUGAAGGGCUUGGAAUGGCAUUAGGCAAAUGAAUAGUCACAAAUGGCACCC